GCGCCCACUACUUUUUGUAAGGCCGGAUGCCCAGACAAGCCAAGUCUACGCCAGACAAUGGAAAGCCCACAAAAGAAAAAAUUCUCAGGUAAACGAAAAAGCGAAAAAGCAAAAAACUAGAAUGAGAGAAAAAUAGAAUGAGGGAUAUUUGUUAUCAGUAUUCUCGGCGGGCGUGGCAUGAGCUCGGCGGCGGCAACGCCUUGUUCCCGAUGAGCCGAUGUUAGACGGAUGGAUGGGGCGAAGGCGAGGGCUAGAUGUCCUCAUGUUCAACUCAGCUCAACGCAUAUCAUUACACAUAUGCCGGCCCUCCGUCUCGCCCUGCUGCCAAAUCACCACGCUGUCAACGCCGACGCCAAUGUCGGCCGCACCUGACACGCCUAGGGCAAUCUGGGCGAAUAGCCUGUGGAGUCGUACGUGAUGCACAACCCGCGGUAUUCCGACAGGCGCGCACAUCCCAUACUCCCAUCCCCGAGUGGGACAGCGCUGAGCCUGACUUCUAACCUAAGCUAAGCGUAUCGUGCUCAUCCC